AUGUGUAAAGUCACUGUGGAUACAUGUCUACUGAAUGCCAGGUCAUAUUAAUGUGUGACCCGACUCUUCUGUCUUCAGACAUGAUUACAGAGAGAUGCUUCACAACUCCACCUUCUGUCUGGUUCCCAGAGGACGACGCCUGGGAUCCUUCCGCUUUCUGGAAGCACUGCAGGCUGCCUGUGUACCUGUGAUACUCAGUAACGGCUGGGAGAUGCCCUUCUCGGAGAUCAUCCACUGGAACACAGCAGCUGUGAUCGGGGACGAACGACUGCUACUUCAGAUUCCGUCUACGGUGCGUUCCAUUCACCAGGACAACAUCUUGUCUCUCAGACAGCAGACCCAGUUCCUGUGGGAGGCCUACUUCUCUUCUGUAGAGAGGAUAGUACUCACAACACUGGAGAUCAUCCAUGACCGGGUGCUCCAGCAUGCAGCCCGUAGUAACCUGAUGUGGAACAGUCUUCCCGGAGGUCUCUACUCCCUGCCUCAGUACUCCUCAUACCUGGGAGACUUCCCUUUCCACUAUGCUAAGCUAGGUAUCAAGCCUCGUCCCAAGUUCACGGCGAUCAUCCAUGCUGUGACUCCCCUGGUCUCCCAGUCUCAGCCCAUCCUCAAGCUACUGGUGGCUGUCGCCAAGUCCCAGCACUGUGUCCAGGUGAUCGUCCUAUGGAACUGUGACAAGCCCCUCCCGGCCAAACAUCGCUGGCCUGCCACAGCAGUACCUGUCCUGGUCAUAGAUGGAGAGAGCAAGGUGAUGAGCAGUCGUUUCCUGCCCUAUGACACAAUACCAACAGACGCCGUUCUGAGUCUGGACGAGGAUACGGUUCUCUCUACUACGGAGGUGGACUUUGCUUUCACGGUGUGGCAGAGUUUCCCAGAGAGGAUUGUGGGAUACCCGGCCAGGAGUCAUUUCUGGGACAGCAACAAGGAGAGGUGGGGUUACACCUCCAAGUGGACCAACGACUACUCUAUGGUCCUGACAGGAGCUGCUAUAUACCACAGAUAUUACCACUACCUGUAUACCAGUUACCUGCCGGCUAGUCUGAGGGACCUGGUGGAUCAGCUGUCUAACUGUGAAGACAUCCUGAUGAACUUCCUGGUGUCAGCCGUCACCAAGCUGCCGCCCAUCAAGGUCACCCAGAAGAAACAGUACAAGGAGACUAUGAUGGUGCAGACCUCCAGAGCGUCCCGGUGGGCCGACCCAGACCACUUUGCCCAGCGACAGAGCUGCAUGAAUAAGUUUGCCAGCUGGUUUGGCAGCAUGCCCCUGGUGCACUCUAAUAUGCGUCUGGACCCGGUGUUGUUUAAAGACCAGGUGUCCAUACUGAGAAAGAAAUACAAGGACAUAGAGAGACUAUAACCAGCCUGAUCCUCUGUGUCUUCAUGGUGGAGUGGGGAGGGACAGAGAGAGACUAUAACCAGCCUGAUCCUCUGUGUCUCCAUGGUGGAGUGGGGAGGGACAGAGAGAGACUAUAACCAGCCUGAUCCUCUGUGUCUCCAUGGUGGAGUGGGGAGGGACAGAGAGAGACUAUAACCAGCCUGAUCCUCUGUGUCUCCAUGGUGGAGUGGGGAGGGACAGAGAGAGACUAUAACCAGCCUGAUCCUCUCUGUCUCCAUGGUGGAGUGGGGAGGGACAGAGAGAGACUAUAACCAGCCUGAUCCUCUGUGUCUCCAUGGUGGAGUGGGGAGGGACAGAGAGAGACUAUAACCAGCCUGAUCCUCUGUGUCUCCAUGGUGGAGUGGGGAGGGACAGAGAGAGACUAUAACCAGCCUGAUCCUCUGUGUCUCCAUGGUGGAGUGGGGAGGGACAGAGAGAGACUAUAACCAGCCUGAUCCUCUCUGUCUCCAUGGUGGAGUGGGGAGGGACAGAGAGAGACUAUAACCAGCCUGAUCCUCUGUGUCUCCAUGGUGGAUGGGGGAGGGACAUAGAGAGACUAUAACCAGCCUGAUCCUCUGUGUCUCCAUGGUGGAGUGGGGAGGGACAGAGAGAGACUAUAACCAGCCUGAUCCUCUGUGUCUCCAUGGUGGAGUGGGGAGGGACAGAGAGAGACUAUAACCAGCCUGAUCCUCUCUGUCUCCAUGGUGGAGUGGGGAGGGACAGAGAGAGACUAUAACCAGCCUGAUCCUCUGUGUCUCCAUGGUGGAGUGGGGAGGGACAGAGAGAGACUAUAACCAGCCUGAUCCCCUGCUGCCCCCUAGAAGGACAGGAGAGUAGAGGGAUGGGAGACACACAGAGACCCUCCCAGAGAGAAGGGAGGAAUAGGGGAAGAGAGGAGAGGAGAGGAGAGGAGAGGGUGCUGUGGAGCCAGGACACCACGGUUGACCCUCCCAGAGAGAAGGGAGGAACAGGGGAAGAGAGGAGAGGAGAGGAGAGGGUGCUGUGGAGCCAGGACACCACGGUUGACCCUCCCAGAGAGAAGGGAGGAACAGGGGAAGAGAGGAGAGGAGAGGAGAGGGUGCUGUGGAGCCAGGACACCACGGUUGACCCUCCCAGAGAGAAGGGAGGAACAGGGGAAGAGAGGAGAGGAGAGGAGAGGGUGCUGUGGAGCCAGGACACCACGGUUGACCCUCCCAGAGAGAAGGGAGGAACAGGGGAAGAGAGGAGAGGAGAGGACAGGGUGCUGUGGAGCCAGGACACCACGGUUGACCCUCCCAGAGAGAAGGGAGGAACAGGGGAAGAGAGAAGAGGAGAGGAGAGGGUGCUGUGGAGCCAGGACACCACGGUUGACCCUCCCAGAGAGAAGGGAGGAACAGGGGAAGAGAGGAGAGGAGAGGACAGGGUGCUGUGGAGCCAGGACACCACGGUUGACCCUCCCAGAGAGAAGGGAGGAACAGGGGAAGAGAGGAGAGGAGAGGACAGGGUGCUGUGGAGCCAGGACACCACGGUUGACCCUCCCAGAGAGAAGGGAGGAACAGGGGAAGAGAGAAGAGGAGAGGAGAGGGUGCUGUGGAGCCAGGACGCCACGGUUGCGUCUUCCACCCACACUCUCCAUCUUUGUACGCUGUUGCUGGUGCCAACAGUGGUAACCGUGACAACCCCAGGCUGUAUUUUGGUAGGAGCUGUACACAGACAGAAAACUAGUUCAUGCACAAAUGACAACAUGGACUGGGGAGGGGGUGGGGGGACUUGGUUCUAUAACUUUCUACAUGAGGAGAGUCCAUGGCUGAUGCCGUUAUAGUCCAGGAGAGACCCUGACUGACGCCGUUAUAGUCCAGGAGAGACCCUGACUGAUGCCGUUAUAGUCCAGGAGAGACCCUGACUGAUGCCGUUAUAGUCCAGGAGAGACCCUGACUGAUGCCGUUAUAGUCCAGGAGAGACCCUGACUGAUUCCGUUAUAGUCCAGGAGAGACCCUGACUGACGCCGUUAUAGUCCAGGAGAGACCCUGACUGAUGCCGUUAUAGUCCAGGAGAGACCCUGACUGACGCCGUUAUAGUCCAGGAGAGACCCUGACUGAUGUCGUUAUAGUCCAGGAGAGACCCUGACUGAUGCCGUUAUAGUCCAGGAGAGACCCUGACUGACGCCGUUAUAGUCCAGGAGAGACCCUGACUGACGCCGUUAUAGUCCAGGAGAGACCCUGACUGAUGCCGUUAUAGUCCAGGAGAGACCCUGACUGACGCCGUUAUAGUCCAGGAGAGACCCUGACUGAUGCCGUUAUAGUCCAGGAGAGACCCUGACUGAUGCCGUUAUAGUCCAGGAGAGACCCUGACUGACGCCGUUAUAGUCCAGGAGAGACCCUGACUGAUGCCGUUAUAGUCCAGGAGAGACCCUGACUGAUGCCGUUAUAGUCCAGGAGAGACCCUGACUGACGCCGUUAUAGUCCAGGAGAGACCCUGACUGACGCCGUUAUAGUCCAGGAGAGACCCUGACUGACGCCGUUAUAGUCCAGGAGAGACCCUGACUGAUGCCGUUAUAGUCCAGGAGAGACCCUGACUGAUGUCGUUAUAGUCCAGGAGAGACCCUGACUGAUACCGUUAUAGUCCAGGAGAGACCCUGACUGAUGUCGUUAUAGUCCAGGAGAGACCCUGACUGAUGUCGUUAUAGUCCAGGAGAGACCCUGACUGAUACCGUUAUAGUCCAGGAGAGACCCUGACUGAUGUCGUUAUAGUCCAGGAGAGACCCUGACUGAAUGCCGUUAUAGUCCAGGAGAGACCCUGACUGCAGUCCUAACUACGGUCUACUGGUAGACUGUCUCUACAGACUGUGUUCAGUCUACCAGUGGUAAAUCUCUCCCAACCUACUAAAAAAACCCUACGAUGAAAUCAAGGGAGGAGUACUUGUUUAGUUAUAGAAGUGAACCUUUGUUCUGUUUGGAUCUAAAACACUAUGCACAGGUUCAACACAAUUGCUGCCAGAAUCUGAAAAUACUAUUUUGCUCUGUUUUAGUUCGCUUUUACAGUGAAGAAUGAAUGUCCAGCAUUACUGUUCUCUACUGUGUCCAGCCUUGGGUGGGUGGGGAGGGGGUCUGUGUUUUCCUGCUGUAAACAGGCUAGAGAUACAGAGCUCAACCACAGAACUGACAUUUCACUGUACCUGCAGUUAUGACUAAUGUUGUGGUUGUUGUGCUCUGGGAGUCCUGAGUGUGACUGGGUCGAUGCUCACCUUGAUCACGUCACCUUUGAUGAUUUGGAGAUGUUUCACUUGAUUUGACCAUUUUCUUUUAAAGUGGUGGGGGGGGGUGCUAAUGCUAAUGCUAAUUAGCAUUAGCGCAAUGAAAUGGAAGUCUAUGGGUAUCUGCUAGCAUGCUAGCAGGGACAUGGCUAGACUUUAUUUGAUCUGUGGGAGCGGUGUACAUCUAUAUAUAUGUGUGACUGAGGUCCUUUAUCUACUGACCCAGAGUCAGAUCAGGUCCUUUAUCUACUGACCCAGAGUCAGAUGAGGUCCUUUAUCUACUGACCCAGAGUCAGAUGAGGUCCUUUAUCUACUGACCCAGAGUCAGAUGAGGUCCUUUAUCUACUGACCCAGAGUCAGAUCAGGUCCUUUAUCUACUGACCCAGAGUCAGAUCAGGUCCUUUAUCUACUGACCCAGAGUCAGAUCAGGUCCUUUAUCUACUGACCCAGAGUCAGAUGAGGUCCUUUAUCUACUGACCCAGAGUCAGAUCAGGUCCUUUAUCUACUGACCCAGAGUCAGAUGAGGUCCUUUAUCUACUGACCCAGAGUCUGAUGAGGUCCUUUAUCUACUGACCCAGAGUCUGAUGAGGUCCUUUAUCUACUGACCCAGAGUCAGAUGAGGUCCUUUAUCUACUGACCCAGAGUCAGAUGAGGUCCUUUAUCUACUGACCCAGAGUCUGAUGAGGUCCUUUAUCUACUGACCCAGAGUCUGAUGAGGUCCUUUAUCUACUGACCCAGAGUCAGAUGAGGUCCUUUAUCUACUGACCCAGAGUCAGAUGAGGUCCUUUAUCUACUGACCCAGAGUCAGAUGAGGUCCUUUAUCUACUGACCCAGAGUCAGAUCAGGUCCUUUAUCUACUGACCCAGAGUCAGAUGAGGCCCUUUAUCUACUGACCCAGAGUCAGAUGAGGUCCUUUAUCUACUGACCCAGAGUCAGAUGAGGUCCUUUAUCUACUGACCCAGAGUCAGAUGAGGUCCUUUAUCUACUGACCCAGAGUCAGAUGAGGUCCUUUAUCUACUGACCCAGAGUCAGAUCAGGUCCUUUAUCUACUGACCCAGAGUCAGAUCAGGUCCUUUAUCUACUGACCCAGAGUCAGAUGAGGUCCUUUAUCUACUGACCCAGAGUCAGAUGAGGUCCUUUAUCUACUGACCCAGAGUCAGAUGAGGUCCUUUAUCUACUGACCCAGAGUCAGAUGAGGUCCUUUAUCUACUGACCCAGAGUCAGAUGAGGUCCUUUAUCUACUGACCCAGAGUCAGAUGAGGUCCUUUAUCUACUGACCCAGAGUCAGAUGAGGUCCUUUAUCUACUGACCCAGAGUCAGAUGAGGCCCUUUAUCUACUGACCCAGAGUCAGAUGAGGCCCUUUAUCUACUGACCCAGAGUCAGAUGAGGUCCUUUAUCUACUGACCCAGAGUCAGAUGAGGUCCGUUAUCUACUGACCCAGAGUCAGAUGAGGUCCGUUAUCUACUGACCCAGAGUCAGAUGAGGUCCUUUAUCUACUGACCCAGAGUCAGAUGAGGUCCUUUAUCUACUGACCCAGAGUCAGAUGAGGUCCUUUAUCUACUGACCCAGAGUCAGAUGAGGUCCUUUAUCUACUGACCCAGAGUCAGAUGAGGCCCUUUAUCUACUGACCCAGAGUCAGAUGAGGCCCUUUAUCUACUGACCCAGAGUCAGAUGAGGCCCUUUAUCUACUGACCCAGAGUCAGAUGAGGCCCUUUAUCUACUGACCCAGAGUCAGAUGAGGCCCUUUAUCUACUGACCCAGAGUCAGAUGAGGUCCUUUAUCUACUGACCCAGAGUCAGAUGAGGUCCUUUAUCUACUGACCCAGAGUCAGAUGAGGUCCUUUAUCUACUGACCCAGAGUCAGAUGAGGUCCUUUAUCUACUGACCCAGAGUCAGAUGAGGUCCUUUAUCUACUGACCCAGAGUCAGAUGAGGCCCUUUAUCUACUGACCCAGAGUCAGAUGAGGCCCUUUAUCUACUGACCCAGAGUCAGAUGAGGUCCUUUAUCUACUGACCCAGAGUCAGAUGAGGUCCUUUAUCUACUGACCCAGAGUCAGAUGAGGUCCUUUAUCUACUGACCCAGAGUCAGAUGAGGUCCUUUAUCUACUGACCCAGAGUCAGAUGAGGUCCUUUAUCUACUGACCCAGAGUCAGAUGAGGUCCUUUGUCUACUGACCCAGAGUCAGAUGAGGCCCUUUGUCUACUGACCCAGAGUCAGAUGAGGUCCUUUGUCUACUGACCCAGAGUCAGAUGAGGUCCUUUAUCUACUGACCCAGAGUCAGAUGAGGUCCGUUAUCUACUGACCCAGAGUCAGAUGAGGUCCUUUAUCUACUGACCCAGAGUCAGAUGAGGUCCUUUAUCUACUGACCCAGAGUCAGAUGAGGCCCUUUAUCUACUGACCCAGAGUCAGAUGAAGCCCUUUAUCUACUGACCCAGAGUCAGAUGAGGCCCUUUAUCUACUGACCCAGAGUCAGAUGAGGUCCUUUAUCUACUGACCCAGAGUCUGAUGAGGUCCUUUAUCUUCUGACCCAGAGUCAGAUGAGGUCCUUUAUCUACUGACCCAGAGUCAGAUGAACUCGUAGAUUCCAUCUUUAUGUCUCUGUGUCCACUAUGAAGGAAGUUAAGAGAUAGUUCCGUGAGCCAAUGCUAAUUAGCAUUAGCGCAAUGAAUGGAAGUCUAUGGGUAUCUGCUAGCAUGCUAGCAGGGACAUGGCUAGACUUUAUUUGAUCUGAGGGAGCGGUGUACAUCUAUAUAGAUUCAUUAUUAAUAUGACAUUUAUAUUAUUGUGCCAACAGUUCAAUGUUUUAAUGUUCAAUGAUUUCACAUCCCUAGAAUGUUCCCUUGUUUUGAUAAGAGAAAAGCCCCCCUUCCAUUGAGGGCUGUGUGACUGUAGGUGAGGUGUGACUGUAGUGUGACUGUGUGUGUGUGUGUGUGUGUGUGUGUGUGUGUGUGUGUGUGUGUGUGUGUGUGUGUGUGUGUGUGUGUGUGUGUGUGUGUGUGUGUGUGUGUGUGUGUGUGUGUGUGUGUGUGUGUCAGAACCCUAUGGGUUAAUUCUCAUGGUGCAAUAUGUGUUUGAGCUGAAAUCUAAUCUCUCUCUGAUCCUGUUCUCAUUCUGGGAUGUGUCCCAAAUGUCACCCUAUUCCCUAUGGGCCCUAUUCCCUAUGGGCCCUGGUCAAAUGGCCCCCUAUUCCCUAUGGGCCCUAUUCCCUAUGGGCCCUGGUCAAAUGGCACCCUAUUCCCUAUGGGCCCUAUUCCCUAUGGGCCCUGUUCAAAUGGCCCCCUAUUCCCUAUGGGCCCUGGUCAAAUGGCCCCUAUUCCCUAUGGGCCCUAUUCCCUAUGGGCCCUGUUCAAAUGGUACCCUAUUCCCUAUGGGCCCUAUUCCCUAUGGGCCCUAUUCCCUAUGGGCCCUAUUCCCUAUGGGCCCUAUUCCCUAUGGGCCCUAUUCCCUAUAGGCCCUGUUCAAAUGGCACCCUAUUCCCUAUUGGCCCUAUUCCCUAUGGGCCCUAUUCCCUAUGGGCCCUAUUCCCUAUGGGCCCUGUUCAAAUGGCCCCCUAUUCCCUAUGGGCCCUGGUCAAAUGGCCCCCUAUUCCCUAUGGGUCCUAUUCCCUAUGGGCCCUGAACAAAUGGUACCAUAUUCGCUAUGGGCCCUAUUCCCUAUGGGCCCUAUUCCCUAUGGGCCCUAUUCCCAAUGGGCCCUAUUCCCUACGGGCCCUAUUCCCUAUGGGCUCUAUUCCCUAUGGGCCCUAUUCCUUAUGGGCCCUAUUCCCUAUGGGCCCUAUUCCCUAUGGGCCCUAUUCAAAGGUAGUGCACUAUAAAGGGAACCGGGUGACAUUUGGGAUGCAAGCCUCUGAUUCCCCUGUUGCUGUUCUAGGAUGAAAUGAUUGUGCCUUUUUAAAGAAAAGCCACUUCAGAAUGAUUGUAUUGUUGCCUUUAACAGAGGAGUAGGAGCAGACAUCAUUUUAUAGAGAUUAACAUUCCAAUAGAAACAUCAACAUUUUGUAAAGUGAUUUUAUAAAAGAAAUAAACAAAUAUUUGAUACA